AUGGCUCUGCUACAGGCGCGGAGCAAAGCCCUGUGGCGGGAGCUGUUUCAGACGGACGACGCAGUCCCAGAGAGCUCUGUUGCGUGGCAGCCCUCUGGCAGCAUCUUGCUUGCAACCUCUUUGGCGGAAACAGAGCAAUUGCGCAAGCGGCAGGCAAUGCUUGGCGCUGCCGGCAUCAAGGCUGCCCUGAUGGACGAAGGGCAAUUAAGAGCAGAGGAGCCUGCACUUGGGGAUGCAGUGGAGAGCAACCGCAGUGCAGACAGAAAAGAGGAGGUGUGA